AUCUCCUAUAUCUAUACAUGGGUGGGAGUGCAUUUAAGAUUUAGAAAAACAGUGGAGUUGUGUUUAUAUUCUGGUACGUCUUAUAAUAUUUUUAAUUUAAAUAAUAAUUAACCAAUUAGACGAAAUGUUUAAAAUAAGUUAAUAUUUCAAAUACUGUUUGAUCAACCUGUCAAAAUUAGUUUCAAAAUGGAUAAUAAUCAUAUAAUGCAAUGUGACUUAUUUCAUAGAGACAAAUUAGAGGAACUGUAUAAGUUUUUACAUAGGUGCAUAGACGAAAUAUGCAACUCUACUGGCCCAAAUUUUCAACACUUUAAAAAUGUUCAAUGGACUAAAGAAGAGUUCAACAAUGUUCAUAAACAUAUUUCAACAUUCCUGCACAAUCCAAGUUGUUUAUAUGUUGAUGAAGAAAAAAUGCCACUGGAAUAUCAUGAGUUUCCAGAACAUGUACAACAAGCAAUAUUGACUUGUUUAAGGGUACGAAAAAAUCAGUUGACAAAUGCAUUACUGUACGAGUAUUCAUCAAGACAUAUUCUAACAAUGCUUGAAUUCGAUUGGAGGUUAAAGUACGUCAUGGGAUCAAGCAAGAUGGCAUCAAUUCGGGAACCUCUAUUACAGCUGGAUUUAAUUUUAAAAGAAAAGCAAGCAAACCAAAUCUUAGAAUUAGAACUUAACAAAGACGAAUUGGAUUUAGUGAUAAAUGCGAUAGAAACUGUGAUUUCUUAAUUUUAGUAUAAGUACACUGGAACUGAAGAUUUUCUAAGCAGAUUGAUUUUAGUUUUUACUACAUUAUAGAAAAUGAUAUAGAUUUAUGUUUAUCAUUUGGAACAUUAUGUCAGUAGUUAGCCUAUGAUCAAAGAAACCACAUGUUUAAUAUUACUUGUUGUCUGACUCUCUAUCCUUUUAAAAUACCAUAGUAUACCAUUAUAAUAAAGUGAUGAUUGCAAAAAAGGGAUAAACUCGAUCGAUUUUACUGCGUUGGAUAAAACGUUUUAUUUAUAUAUACGCCAUCCAACUUUUUUAUGUAAAAUAAAAUGUUCUUUUUUAAAUA